GACCCGUUCGCUCUUCCCACUGGACCACCAUGGCUGAGAGAACCUCCAGCGGGCUGCUCACGAUGAUGUUGGAGCCCACGCCGGCUGUGGCGAUGACCCUGCCGGCCGAGGUCCGGGAGAAGCUGGCGGAGCUGGAGCUGGAGCUGUCCGAGGGGGACAUCACUCAGAAAGGCUAUGAGAAGAAAAGAGGCAAGCUGUUGGCGCCGUACAUCCCACAGAUACAAGGUGUAGAUCCAUCUCUACAAAUCGACAACAGGAUCCAGGCCUCCUCCCAGGCGGUGCUGCCAGGUUCCAAACACAACAAGUCUCGGGCAGCCAACACCCGGGAUGAACGCUUUAGAUCUGAUCUGCACACAGAAGCCGUCCAAGCAGCUUUGGCAAAGUACAAAGAGAGGAAGAUGCCCAUGCCCUCCAAGAGGCGAUCUGUGCUAGUUCAGUCAUCUGUGGAAGCAUGCACCCCUCCAGACACCUCCUCGGCGUCGGAAGACGAGGGCUCGCUGCGCCGGCAGGGACGUCUGGCCACCUCCACGCCCUACCAGGGCCACAGCCACCCGGCCGUUGAGCACUGGUUCAACCGCGUCAUCCAGGGCUCCUCCACCUCGUCCUCCGCGUCGUCCACCUCGUCCCACCCGGGAGGGCGCAUCGUCACCAACACCUCGGCCCACGCGGCGCUCAACGCCAACGCCGCGGCCACCGCGCUGGCCGACCUCAUGGCGCACACCCAGCUAGAUAACCACUCGGCGCCCCCUGACGUGACGGGGCUGUCGGAGCGCUCCUCGGUUCACGCGGAGCGGUCCCAGGUGGCCUCGGUGCGAGGCGUGUCCCGCAACUACAACCACCAAACCAGCGUCAUGGAGACCGCAGACGGCUGUGAGUGGAGAAGUGAAGGAUCCCUCACUUUAAUUGAUGGCGUUCCAGUCAACAGUCGCGUCUCCAACAAAAUCCAGCAGCUGCUCAACACACUGAAGAGACCCAAGCGCCCGCCACUGCGCGAGUUCUUCGUCGACGACUUUGAGGAGCUCUUGGAUGUCCAGCAGCCGGAUCCCAACCAGCCAAAGCCAGAAGGCCAACAGAUGAGUCCCCUGGAAGGAGAGUCUCUCGGGGUGGUCACCAACUGGCCUCCCUCCUUGCCAGCAGCCUUGCAAAGGUGGGGCACCACUCAGCCCAAGAGCCCCUGUCUGACAGCACUCGACAACGCUGGCAAGCCCGUCUACACACUCACCUACGGUAAACUCUGGACCCGCAGCCAGAAACUGGCCUACACGCUUCUGAACAAGCUGAGCUCAAGAAAUGAGCCGUUGCUCAUGCCUGGAGACAGAGUUGCACUUGUGUUCCCCAACAACGACCCUGUGAUGUUCAUGGUGGCCUUCUAUGGCUGUCUCCUGGCAGAGCUGGUACCUGUGCCGAUUGAGGUGCCGUUGACCAGAAAGGAUGCAGGAAGUCAACAGAUCGGCUUUCUGCUGGGCAGCUGCGGCGUCACGUUGGCGCUGACCACCGACGCCUGUCAGAAAGGCCUGCCCAAAGCACAAACCGGGGAGGUAGCCACUUUCAAAGGCUGGCCACGGCUGCUGUGGUUCGUGACAGAUGGAAAACAUGUUGUGAAGCCUCCGAAAGACUGGCAUCCUCCGGUCCGGGAAGCCAGUAAUGACAUAGCGUAUAUAGAAUAUAAAACCAGCAAAGAAGGAAGCACCAUGGGGAUCACGGUGUCGCACUCAGCCAUGCUGGCUCACUGUCAUUCCCUGACGCAGGCCUGCGGAUACACCGAAGCUGAGACCAUUACCAACGUUCUGGACUUCAAGAGAGAAGCAGGAUUAUGGCACGGAGUCCUCACCAGCGUCAUGAAUCGGAUGCACGUUAUCAGCAUUCCCUACUCCCUGAUGAAAGUCAACCCUUUGUCCUGGAUACAGAAGGUUCACACAUACAAAGCGCGAGUGGCGGUGGUGAAGUCUCGGGACAUGCACUGGUCUCUGCUGGCCCAGAGAGACCAGAGGGACAUCAGCCUCGGCUCACUGCGCAUGCUGGUCGUUGCAGAUGGAGCGAACCCAUGGUCGAUAUCCUCCUGUGAUGCCUUCCUCAACGUGUUUCAAGCACGUGGGCUGCGACCUGAGGUGAUCUGUCCAUGUGCCAGCUCCUCUGAAGCCAUGACUGUCGCCAUCCGCAGACCUCCAGAAAUGGGCGUUCCGCCUCCAGGGAAAGCGGUGCUGUCCAUGGGUGGGCUGAGUCACGGUGUGAUUCGAGUGGACACAGAGGAGAAGCUCUCCGUCCUCACGGUGCAGGACGUGGGACAGGCCAUGCCUGGAGCGAUGGUCUGUGUGGUGCGAGUGGAGGGAACACCGUAUCUGUGUCAGACUGACGAAGUGGGAGAGAUCUGCGUGAGCUCAGGCAGCACAGGCGUGGCUUACUACGGCCUCCCGGGCAUGACCAAGAACGUCUUCGAGACUGUCCCAGUAACGUCGUCUGGGAUUCCCAUCAGCGACAGACCUUUCACCAGAACCUCACUGCUCGGAUUUGUUGGACCAGACAGCCUGGUGUUUAUUGUUGGGAAGAUGGAUGGACUGAUGGUGGUCAGUGGGCGGAGACAUAACGCUGACGAUGUCGUUGCCACAGCCCUGGCGGUGGAGCCCAUGAAGUUUGUGUACAGGGGAAGGAUAGCGGUGUUCUCUGUGUCGGUGCUCCACGACGAACGGAUUGUUGUGGUGGCGGAGCAGCGGCCGGACGCCUCGGAGGAGGACAGCUUCCAGUGGAUGAGCCGCGUCCUUCAGGCCAUAGACAGCAUCCACCAGGUUGGGGUGUACUGCCUGGCUCUGGUUCCUGCCAACACGCUGCCUAAAGCCCCCCUGGGCGGCAUUCACAUAUCCGAGACCAAGCAGCGUUUCCUGGAGGGCGCCCUGCACCCCUGCAACGUCCUCAUGUGUCCUCACACGUGUGUCACCAACCUGCCCAAACCCAGACAGAAACAGCCAGAGGUCGGUCCCGCUUCUAUGAUAGUGGGGAACCUGGUGGCGGGGAAGAGGAUAGCACAAGCCUGCGGGAGAGACGUGGGACAGCUCGAGGACAAUGACCAGGCACGUAAGUUUCUCUACAUACAGGAUGUGCUGCAGUGGAGAGCUCAGGCCACUCCAGACCAUCCUCUGUUCCUCGUCCUCAAUGCUAAGGGCACAGUGGCCAGCACGGCGUCCUGUCUGCAGCUGCACAAGCGGGCUGAGCGGGUCGCAGCUGCACUGAUGGGACGCUUGAACACGGGGGAUCACGUCGCGCUGGUCUACCCUCCAGGAAUCGACCUGAUUGCCACUUUCUACGGCUGCCUAUACGCCGGUUGUGUUCCGGUCACCGUCAGGCCUCCACACCCACAGAAUCUGGCCACCACCCUGCCCACCGUCAAGAUGAUCGUGGAGGUCAGUAAGUCGGUGUGCAUCCUGACAACCCAAGCAAUAAUGAAACUGCUGAAAUCCAAAGAGGCUGCUGCUGCUGUGGACGUGAAGAGCUGGCCCAUGGUGCUGGACACAGAUGACCUCCCCAGAAAGAAGAGUCCCCAGAUGUACAAGCCUCCGACCCCGGAGAUGCUGGCUUACCUGGACUUCAGCGUGUCAACAACGGGCAUCCUAGCAGGGGUCAAAAUGUCUCACGCUGCCACCAGUGCCUUGUGUCGCUCCAUCAAGCUGCAGUGUGAGCUCUACCCGUCCCGGCAGAUCGCCAUCUGCCUGGACCCCUACUGUGGGCUGGGCUUUGCUCUCUGGUGUCUGUGCAGCGUGUACGCCGGCCACCAGUCCAUCCUGGUCCCUCCGCUGGAGCUGGAGAGCAACGCGUCGCUCUGGCUGGCUGCAGUCAGUCAGUACAAAGUGCGCGUCACUUUCUGCUCAUAUUCCGUCAUGGAGAUGUGCACCAAGGGCCUGGGCUCGCAGACAGAGGCGUUGCGGCUUCGAAAUGUGAACCUUUCGUGUGUGCGCACGUGCAUGGUGGUGGCAGAGGAACGGCCCCGGAUAGCCCUCACUCAGUCCUUCUCAAAGAUCUUCAAAGACCUGGGGCUUUCGCCGCGGGCGGUCAGCACCACCUUCGGCUGCAGAGUCAACGUCGCCAUAUGUUUGCAGCCCAACAGGUUAGGGAAACUGGCUGAGCAGGGCACGGCCGGACCCGAUCCCACCACCGUUUACGUGGACAUGAGAGCACUGCGGCACGACAGGGUUCGCUUAGUCGAGAGAGGCUCGCCGCACAGCUUACCGCUGAUGGAGUCCGGAAAGAUCCUUCCUGGAGUGAAAGUGAUCAUUGCAAACACAGAGACUAAAGGCCCUCUGGGAGACUCCCAUCUUGGAGAGGUGUGGGUGAGCAGCCCUCACAACGCCACUGGCUACUACACUGUUUAUGGAGAGGAGGCGCUGCACGCCGACCACUUCAACACCAAGCUGAGCUUCGGGGACACGCAGACCGUCUGGGCGAGGACCGGAUACCUGGGCUUCCUGCGGCGCACUGAGCUGACCGACGCCAGCGGAGAGCGCCACGACGCCCUGUACGUGGUGGGCUCUCUUGACGAGACUCUGGAGCUGAGGGGAAUGAGGUACCACCCCAUUGACAUCGAGACGUCGGUUAUUCGUUCACACAAGAGCAUAGCCGAAUGUGCGGUGUUCACCUGGACCAACCUCCUGGUGGUGGUGGUGGAGCUGGAGGGAUCGGAGCAGGAGGCCCUGGACCUGGUGGCGCUGGUCACCAACGUGGUGCUGGAGGAGCACUACCUCAUCGUCGGGGUGGUGGUGGUGGUGGACCCCGGCGUCAUCCCCAUCAACUCCCGGGGGGAGAAGCAACGCAUGCACCUCAGAGACGGGUUCCUGGCCGACCAGCUGGACCCCAUAUACGUGGCUUACAAUAUGUGAGGGUCCGCCGGCCGGAGGGUUGACCACAGCUACCACAGUCUCAGAGGAGAACAGCGAAAGAAUCAUGGAUGCAAAUAUUCAGACAAAAAGAGAGAGACUGGUGUGACAUGCAGAACCGUUCUCUCUCCUCCACACGUCAUGCUUUCAAGGGCAUUCUUGUCUUACCGAAGUGAGUUUUAUUUUUUUUUGCAUGCGUGACAAAACGUCUGCCUCCCUCAGCACAGGACCCCUGAGAGCAGCGGUGUGACGCUGCCGUGCGCCAUUAACGUAACUUAUUUCAUCAAUCUCAGAAAUGGUGAAUGUUGGUUACGCAGGUUUGCGUCUGCAGAGCCUCCUGCGCCGUCAUCUGUUCACCACACCUUCAGAGAGCAGUUUGCACAGUGGCGUCGGGAGCGCAUCCUUUUUUUUUUUUUUGUUUUUUUUUUUCAAAUCAAAUCCACACACGAAGCACAGAGCAGUUGACGGAGGAGCGCUUUUCUGCUGAUCAUACAGCGUUUGUGCUUUAGUUUGUCGUCUCAGUAGAUUAAAAAAAAAUAAUGUUUUGGUGACUUCAUCUUAUCCUUUCUUACAUUUUAAAUGUGUAAUGUUUAUUUUCUCUCUCACUCUCUGAACAAAAUGCAAUUUGUGUGAUGUUGCUUUGAAUGACUGUGUACAAGAAGUGCCAAUCAGACGAAGUGGAGAUGGCAAAGAACAGAAUUGUUGCUCGCCGUUGGCAGCAUCCUAUAAAUGAAGCCUUAAGUGUUUUUUCAGACACCCACAGUUCCUACCCCAGCUACCGUUUGACUUAAUUUUGUGAAGUUUAUCAGCAGUUGGACGGGGAGGAGCGAACACGCAGAUGGAUGUUAGGAAUAGUAAAUCCUGCCAUUAACGCACCCAAAGUUUCUCAUGUUUCUGGCAAAGAUACUUGAUCCUCACAUGAGCCAUUACAGACACACACUCCGCGGACAUUUCCAUGUCUGUCUCCGUUCUCUGCCGCGUGGAAUGCCUGUUUUAUAAAGGAAGACUGGAAGACGUGUGGGUUUGCACGCAGCGCCUCGAGUGCCAUAAGACUGAAUGAAAGAAGAGAAAUACACGAGGCGAGUGUGUGAUAUGCUUGUAACAUCUUUAACAUGCUGUCAAACUUCUUCUUUUUUUUUUUUUUCUAUGUGCACAUCUCUUCAUGAUCAGGCUCUGGCCUGCUGUAAGUAUGUACAGGUUUUGUGUAAAUUAUUAACAGACGGAGGAGGCGACGAGAAGCGUAACACAGACUAAAUCUGGUAUAUAUGUGGACUUUUUUCCCCCCCCUCACAAAUCAAAGUAACUUGCCCUGGACGCUCAUGUGCAAACACUGGUAAGAGACGUGAAAAAGCCUUGUGAACAUUUUUAUAGUAUGAGCAAACAGUGGGAAGCGGAAACUUCCAGCACAAAGCGGAGACGCCAACAACCUCCGGAGCGACCUUCGCCGUCAAUGUAUGGAAAGAUACAUUUGUCUGAUAUAUGGUUAGUUGUCAUUAUUUUCAUAACUUGAUUUCGUAAUAAAUAAA